AUGGUGGACAAGCUGAGAGAGCACCUCAACAGACACCUGCCUCGUCUGGGGAAGAAGAAGAUCGACGUGCUGGUGGUGAACUACGUGGCCAAGCUGGGUAUCACACUCCUACUGUCCGUGUUGGGGUUCGCUGUCUCCCCAGACACACCCCUGCAGUACGUUGACCAUGGUGUGCUGCAGCUCACAGAGACCUUCGUCUCACGACUCAUGACAGAUCUAGACAACAGUGAUGCCAACGAGGAGCUGAAGUUCAGCAUUCUGAAGAGACUACCAGAGUCCAUGGAGCAGAGGAUCUGUCACCUGUGGGAUCACCCCAUCAGUUCAGCCUGUAUCUCCAGAGACUAUGUCAGAGGCCUGCUGGAGAAACACGACAAAACCAAAGGUUCUAUGUUCAUGGAGAGAGAUGAGCCUGGCUUCAGGCCUGAGUUCCUGCCUCUCACCUUCCUGACCAAAAUUCUGUUGGAUGUGGAAGACCGAGCUCUGAACCCUUUUGAGGAGCAGGAGAAUGUGGAUGCCAGGUUUGUGGAGGAGACGGCUCUGAAACAGACUCUGAUCCUGCUGGGCUUCCAGGACAAGUGAUGGAGGGAGGGACCGAGGUGAAGGGAGGUGAAGAAAGAGGGGGAGCAGGUCAAGGCUCCAAGUUUUCACUCAACACUCCAUAUUCCACUAGUACUCAGUGAGCGGGGACUGUGUCAGAGUUCGGGGACUGUUUGAAAUGACACUUUAAAUGUUGAUCACUCAAUAUUCCAAUACAUGAGAAUCUAUGAAAAUACAUCAGAUUCUGAUGAACGAUGGGUCUGGUGUCUGCUAAAUGACUUAAAUGUAAAAAUGUAAAUGGUGACAAUAGUCAUCGGUUAAGCAUUAAUUUGACAGAUUUAUAUUUCUGCCCUCUCUGCCUGUUGCUCAACCCUCCCACUCAGACCAGAUGGAUGAGGCUCUUACAGUAAGAAGGGAAGUUCUCUGGAAGGUGUCUGAAUUUCCACAACAUGUGUCCUGUACGAUGCCGGUAUAUUUCCAUUUCAGAGGAACUGAAGCAUGGUUAGAUUUCAGGAAUAACACCGUUGUGUGGAAUACAGGAAAUGUGUUGAUCAGGUACAAUAAUAAACAGGAAAAGGGAUUUUUGUCGUCAUGUUUACACGUGUAAAAGCCAUAUUGUAUCAAUGAAACACGAAAUAAAAUAUUUGUUGCAUGUUUCUAACAA